AUGUUGACUCGGCUUUUCCCGCCCGGGCUCACGACCUUGGCGUGCAGACUGGUCGUGCAGUCUGGUGAGAGUCUGAGCCUCUCGAGGCCCCCUUUGCUCCUGGGGAAUCUAAGCCCAGGGCUGCCCAGGUGGGUCGCGCUCCCCUUUACCAGUGGCUGCGCUGAUGAAGAACGGGUUCCCUGGGCCCUAGCCCAGGGAGGGCUGGAGCACACAGGGGCCGGCCAGGCCGUGCGUCACCCCAGGAGCCAGAUCUCAGCCGCGGCAGGGACAAGAGAGAAGGAGGGCAGGAAGAGAGCCUGGCCCGGGCUCACCUGCCUCCUGGAAGGGCCAUCCUGCUCUGUCAGACCCGGGCUCCCUACCCUGCCCUGUUUCUCACUGGCCCAGAAGGGGAGGGCCGCUCCCAAAUUUACUGCAGACCACUAUAGACCGUGUGGUCCUCGGGGUUGCCUCUGUCUAGGCUGCUGGGUUCCCCUUCCUUACAGGGAACGCCCUGUUUGGUGUUCAGCUGGACAUCGGAAUGGAGUUUCUGGCUUUGGGUUGAAAAGCAGCGUCUUAGCCAACAGCUGGCUGGGAGGUGUUCCUGGGAGAGGUGCUGGCUGUGCGUGCUGGACCAGCGGCUUCCCGGGGCGGGAGAGGGAGCUGAGGCAGCCCCAUCUGGGGUCCCAGCCUGCCGGCCCAGCUUUGCAGGUGACGCCGCCAUGA